AUGGCAGUGGAGAGAAGCAAAAAUGUGGAUAUUAUGAAUUUGAACCACAAGAAUAUUGUAUUGGUUGGAAUUAAAAUAGAUGAAAGUGGCAAAGAGAUAUUGCAAUGGACACUUGAAGAAGUUGCAGAACAUGGAGAUUGUGUUGUUGUUAUUCAUGUUUGUUUAACGUCUCGCUGUACCUUACAAAACAAGUUAUCACUGGAUCGGUACUUAGAACUGUACAGUGAAUUCUGCUCAACAAAGAAGAUUAAGCUCGAAGGAGAAGUUUUGAAGGGAAACUCAGUAGAAGAGGUUUUAGUUAAACAGGCAAAGAGAUACAACGCUAUAUCCAUUGUUGUUGGAGUUAAACAUCAAAGUAAGUUAAGUCUUAAAGUAGCUGAAGGCUGCGCAAAAGAGCUUCCGCCAACAACAGAUGUUUUGGCCAUCUACAGAGGAAAUAUAUUCUUUAGACGAUCCAACUAUUACCAACCACCUCUUGCUCAAAAUACAAGUUCUGAGAUUUAUGAUGGACUUUCAGACAAAGACAUCGAACUGAAAACAGAAGAAUCGACAGUUAAAAGCAGAGUUCUCGAGAUAACAAGCCAAGAGAAAAGGAGGGUUUCAGGUAGAUCGCUUUCUCUUCCAUCGGUAGAGGUCAUGGACCAGAAACCAGGUUGGCCACUGCUAAGAACAACCACUUUAGCUACUCCUGUGGUUCAACAUCAUACUCGAAACGUAUCAGUUGUCAAUUGGGUCAUGAGCUUUCCUGAACGGUUUCCUCAUCAAAAUUUGACUUCUCAACAAAGCUUUUGUGAUUCACAACUUAAAGACAUAUUAAAGGAAAUAAACAAAUGGUUUAGUUAUGAUGUUCUUAAGACAGCAACAUCUGAUUUCUCUUCAGAGAAUAUAAUCGGAAAAGGAGGAUAUAACGAAGUCUAUAAAGGGGUUCUUGAAGAUGGGGAAGAAGUGGCCGUGAAGAUCUUGAAAUCAUCUGGUAAAGAAGCAGUGAAGGAUUUUAUUGAAGAAGUGAGAAUAAUCUCUUCUUUGAGUCACCAAAACAUCUCUCCUCUGAUCGGUAUCUGCGUUCAGUACAACGACCUAAUCUCGGUUUACAAUCUCUCAUCCAAAGGAAGUUUAGAGGAAGCCCUUCAGGGUAAGCAUGUAUUGGGAUGGGAAGAGAGAUUCAAGAUAGCAGUUGGGUUAGGGGAAGCUCUUGAUUAUCUUCAUAACCAAUGUUCUAAUCCUGUGAUCCACAGAGAUGUUAAAUCUUCUAAUGUUCUUCUCUCAGAUGAGUUUGAACCUCAGCUUUCAGAUUUUGGGCUUUCCAUUUGGGGAUCAAAGUCUUGUGAAUACACAAUAGAAAGAGACGUGGUGGGGACAUUUGGAUACCUAGCUCCUGAGUACUUCAUGUAUGGAAAAGUCAGUGAUAAAGUCGAUGUUUAUGCCUUUGGAGUAGUUUUGCUUGAGCUCAUAUCAGGAAGAAUUACUAUUUCUUCUGAUAGUCCAAGAGGACAAGAAAGUCUGGUCAUGUGGGCAAUACCGAUGAUUGAAAAAGGCGAUGCAAAAGAGCUCUUGGAUCCUAACAUUUCAGGGAGUUUAGAUGAGGCUCAGUUUCAGAAGACGGUUGUUGCUGCUAAAUAUUGCCUUAAAAGAGAAGCUACUCAUCGUCCCAAUAUCAGAGAGAUACUAAAGCUGCUAAGAGGAGAAGAUGAGGUAGAGAAAUGGGUGAAUAAAGUAGAAGAAGAUAAAGAUUGUUUGGACGACGACGACGAGGUUUACCCAAAUUCGAACAAAGAAUUACAUUUGAGCCUCGCGAUGCUCGACGUCGAGGAUAAUGACUCUGAUUCAGUCGGCAGCUUGGAGAAGAGUAACCACAGCAUCUUCUCUUCCUCUUCCUCGCAGGAGCUUCAGUCUUAAUUAGAGGGAGUGUGCUUAGUGUCUCGAGUUUUCUUAGAGAUAUCAAAGCUGGAUAUAAACUACUCUGACUUGGCUUUUGCUACCAUUGUCGGAUAAAACAUGUUUUUUUUUGUUUGGUAUAUAGAUGAGAGGGUGUUUCAAAAAAAAAGGUAUAUAGAUGAGAGGAGGAGAAUAAGACUUGCAAAUAAUGAUUAGAAGUGUUUUCUUUUUAUCAAAAAAAAUAAAGUGUUCAUGACACCAGCAA